ACUUGAAGGGUCAAGAGGUGUGACCUGCAUAUCUUCAUAGUACAAGAAAAUAUUUUCCGCAUAUGAAUGAAUACAUAUGUUUCCCUUUUCCUUAGAUGAAAAUAAGACAUUUCUAGUGGAAAUGAUUAUUUUGCUUUUAGAUUCUCUUUCUUGUCUCAAUUAGUUUAGUAAACUACAAAUAUUCCCACAAGACCUCACAAAUGAAUCAAACGAAAUUAUAAAUUUGCCCAGGCAUGUUUUCGAUUAUUUUAAUUAUUGCGUCCUUACAUCACUGAAAUCGAUAUUUUUUUAGCCAGAUUGGUUCAGGUGCUCCACAUUUAUAUUGUCGGUAAAGAAGUUCAGUAAUAAAUUAAUAUUUUUAAUAAUGAAAAUUUUAUUCAUUACUUUUGUUAAUAUUCUGUUAUAUUUUUUUAAACAAAUGGGAAUGGAAAAGGUUGGUGAUAAAUUUAAACUGAUAGUAAAUGCAAGUACAAACCAAAAAACCUUAUUGGGGGUAGUUUUUGUUUAUUGAAGCAUUUCUGCUAUUGCGACCUCUAGAUGUCAAGUUUAUUCCUAAUAAGGGAUGAUUAAUCAGCUGUUUAUAUAUUAGUUGCAGCAUAUUUUCUGUGGGUGUUACAAAAUAAAUUAUUAUUGUCCAAAAACUAAAAAAAAAAUAAAAUGAAACACGCACAAUUUAUUGCUCGUACCGUAAUGGUUCAAAGGAAUAAUGUUGAAGAAGCUUGCCGCCUAUUAAAUCGUAUUUUAGGUAAAGAAGAAAUAUUUGAUCAGUACCGGCGAACACGCUUCUAUGAAAAACCAUAUCAGGUUCGUCGUCGCGUUAACUUCGAGAAGUGCAAAGCAAUCUACAAUGAAGAUAUGAAUCGAAAAAUACAAUUUGUGCUGCGCAAAAAUCGCACUGAGCCAUUCCCAGGAUGCAGUUAAUAUGCCAUUAGUAAUAAAUAGUGAAAACAAAAAUAAAUUUAAUGUGUUGUUAACAAACCAAAAAUACUUUUCAAUUGCAAUAAUAACCAAUUUAUGUGUUAGAAGUUAUA